UUUUUAAGUCACUGAUUUGAGUAGGUGAAACAAGGCAGUAGAUCAUGUUUGCUUUAUUAGGAGUGUCAUUUUAAUAAUUCUUUCUCACAAAUAGUUAAUAUUUGUUUCUAAAUCAGAAGAACCCUUCCAGUCAUUUACAUUCUGUUUGCUUUAUUUGCACGAAGUUCAUUUUUUCCAUAAUGUUAAGUCCAUGCCUGUCAGAUGCUGGUCAUUUUCUAGAGUUUCAUGGCUGUUCUCAAGCCCAUGAAUGACCUUUUCAAGUAAGACAGAAAUGUUGCUUUUGCCUAAAGAGCCACAAGGUAGCAGAAUGAGUGUAGAAGAGUUGAAAACAAUGUGAGGCUCUCCAAGGCUGCUGGAUUUUCUGACUACAAAAAAGAAAAAAGAAAAGAAAUACACAGAAUGACACAGCUUCCAGCGAAGGGAAGAAGGUGAAGUUGCGUGAGGUUUUUAUUACCUACCAUAUGCCCCACACUGAGUGGUACUUAGAGGGGCAACACAAGUAUUUUAUCUGUUUGAUCCUGACUGUUGUAUCAUCUCUUCCAAAACGUGUAGAGUUCAGCACAGGUCGGUCAUCCUCAGUGCAAACAUAUGAAACCUAAAAUGCUGCAACAUCCAAAACUUCCAAGCACCAGGACACGAUGCGUGGAGAACCCUACACCUGAUACGUCACAGUUACAAUACACUCGAAAUACCGUCUAAAUUCACUUCCUUUCCAGUUAUGUGAAAGGGGAGCAUGUGAAACAGAUGGAUUUCAUUUAUAGACUUGGGUGCCAAUCGCAAGAUAUGUCAUUUGUAUAUGCAAACGCUGCAGGAUUGAAAAUCCAGAACCUGUCUGGUCUGGGUCAACCUUGGUGUCCCUUUAUUUUUAAUGUCACAGUGCUAGGAUCCUGGGUCCUUGCACAUUCACAGUAAAGUGUGCUUGUUAGUGCAAAUUAAUCUAACCUAAUGUGUUAAAUUUAGGGCUGGCCGGGCCUGACUUUUGCCUUGGCCCGCGGCCACAAAGCACGAGACUGUCAUUAGUGUUCUGGGACCUCGACGAUUGAGGACCACAAGCCAGGGGGCUUAAAGCAGCAGAGUUUUCUGCUCUCACUGGUUCUAGAAGGCAGAAACCUGAAAUCAAGGUGUCAGCAGGGCCGCACUCCCUGCCAAGGUCCCAGGGCAGGGACCUCCUUGCCUUUCAGCUUCUGGUGGUUGCAGGUGCUCCGUAGCUUAUGUCCGUAUCACUCCUGUCUCUGCCUCCAUCUGUCUACCUCUUGUCCCUCCUUGUAAGGACACUAGUCAUCUGGUUAAAGUAACCCCUUCUUAACUAGUUUCAUCUGUAGUGAGCCUGUUUCCACAUGAGGUCAUGUCCACAGAGAUGGGAAUCAGGACUUCAGUAUGUCUUGUUGGGACCCGGCUGACUGCUGGUGCUACAGGUGCCCAUCAGCUUCAAGGACCUGGCCGUGCGGUUCUCGGAGGAGGAGUGGCGGCUCCUGGAGGAAGGGCAGCGGGAGUUCUACCGGGACGUGAUGCGGGAGAACUACGAGACGCUGGUCUCCGUGGGGACAGCUGAACUGCUCCCUCUCUCCGCCUUCCUGUUACCCACAGAGCCUGGAGGAGUGGCAGGGACAGCGAGCCGCCCUGAGCAGGGGCGGGAGCCUCCUGUGGGGGGAGGCCCCUCGGGAGGACAGCUGCAGCAGAGCCUGCACCUCACCGCCCUGGUGCAGCUGGUGAAGGAGAUUCCGGAGUUCUUGUUCGGGGAAACCAAGGGCACCGAGGAUGGCCCUGAGAGUGGGGGAGCCAGCCUGGACGGGGACAGAGCGAGCCCUCGAGCAGCUGUGCCGGUGGGCACUUGCCCUCUCCAAGGCCUGCUCAGCUGCCUUCCGGACAGCCCUGUGAACUUGCCCAGCCUGGCCACCACGCCCGCCAGCAGCUCAUCCUCCAGCAGCCCAUCUGGAGAGGGAAGCCGGGAAAGCCCCCUUCACAUCAAGACUGCUGACAGACCAUGGCCCACAGGGAAGGAAGGCCCAGAAGCCCCAAGUGCAGAGCCAAGCACUCCCACCGGCAGCCCCAGCCAGAGGAACAGCCACCAGAGACAGGAGAGAGCGGCCACGGGGAUAGGAGUCUCUCCUGGGACCAGCCCCUUGCAAGGCCUCAUCAACUGCCUCAAAGAAAUCCUCGUGCCCGGGCCCCAGCACCCUGACGCAGCCCCAGGCUCAGUACCUCGUCUCCUGAGCCUAGGUUCGUCAAGGCAAACCAGAGUAGACGUGGGGCCAGGGAGCCCACCCUGGCCAGGGCCCAGACGCCUCCAGACCCCGCCUCCGCUUGCUGGUCCCGGAGCUGCUGGCACACUCACUGCGGUGAAGGUGGAGGACAGCUGGGCCCAGAGCACCCUGGUGCCUGCAUCCUGCCAGCUCAGCAGUCAGGGCCACAGCCCCUCUGCCACCGGAGACGCCAGAGGGGUCCACGUGCCCGUCUGGGGCCCUGAGGCUCAAGCUUGCAGGGCGUCAAGCUCACCCCUGGAAGCCCUGGAGGCUUGUCUGAAGGGCAUUCCCACAAGUGCGUUGUCACCUUCCCAGCCACUGGCCACCUCUUGGUCCCGGAUCCCCCAGCCAGGAGAUGCUGGGUCUCAGAGGCCUGAGCUGCGGCCCCAAGGAUCACCCGGUGAAGAUGCCAUCAGGGAGCCACUUGCACCUCUGGGCCCCACCCAACCCCUGGUUCCCCAAGGGACCCCCACCAGCUUCUCCUCAGCCAGCAGCACCGACGGGGACCUGGACUUCAGGAGCCCUGCGGGCAGCCAGGGCCAGCACCCUGGCAAAGGGUGUGCACCAGGGAGCUCCCCGCUCCAGGGGCUGGAGAACUGCCUCAGGGAGAUCCCUGUUCCCAGGCCGCAGCCUGCACAGCCCUGCACCUCUGCAGCAGACAGAGGCCCGAGGAGAGCGGAGGCCAGGAACUGGACAGCACACAAGGAAGGACUGAGAGGCGAGGCCUGCGAGCCAGCCCACCGUGCACAGGGAGGAGAGGCCUCCGCGCAGAGCCCCCGCCUGGCCAGCCCACAGGCCUUCCCCUCCAGCUGUGUCCCUGCCUGCCACCAGCAAGGGCCCAAAGACCAGGGGGCCACCAGGCCAGGACCGUGGAGGUGGCCCCAAGAUGGCGUGGUUGCCAGGCCCUCCCCACUGCACUGCCUGGAGAGCUCUCUGCGGGGAAUUCUGCCUGCCAGGCCCUUGCGUUUCACCUGCCUAACUGACCCCAGCCCCGGGCCGGGGCCCAGCUCCAGUUCAAGCCUCUACAGCUCGGACGGAGAAGACCUGAGGCCAGAACCUGAGCUCUGGCAGCAGCCCCUCCAGGAGAGAGGCCACCCUCCCCGCUGCAAGCAUCCCGUCCCUCUGUCCCCUGGCCCCAGCGGGUCCCCCACAGGCAAUAGCAGCAGCAGCCCCGCAGAAGACCCUGGGAGAACAGAGCCCCAGGACCGCAGCAGCCUCAGGGCAGCAGGAAAAGCAGAAGACAAGAUGGGAGGCAGCUCUCUGUGGCUCAGCAGAGAAGAAGGCGCAGAGAGUGCCUGUCGGCCUGGCCUUCUCAGCAGUGCCGAAGCCAGAGGAGGAAGAAGAGGAGUGCUGUGUGCUCUUUCUGCAGAAGCAGCUGGGGUCCCCUGGCCUGUUCCUCCACCAGAGAAGAGGCCCGGGCCCAGGGGUAGUGAGGACCCCAGGGGCCUGGAGCCUGGGUGCAGAAGACCUAGUGUUGCAGCCAGGAUCCAAGGGAGACUGCUCCCUGGGGACCCACCUGAGCUGCCCAGCAGUUCUCCGCCUCCGGCAGCCAUCUCACCUGUGUGGUCGGCCACCUCCCCCCGGCCACCGUGCCCCUGUCGGAAGCCCCUACAGCAGGAGCUGCACAGCCUGGGUGUCACCCUCGCAGAGAAGCUGGACCAGCUCGCUGUGGCCCUGGCAGGCCUGGCUCAGGAAGUGGCCACCAUGAGGACGCAGGUGGACCGGCUGAGGAGGCGCCCACGGGGGCCUGGGCCAAAGGGCCCAGCUUCCUGGCUGUGGUCCCUUCCCAGGGCACCUCGCUGGGCCCACGGCCCUAGUCAUAGACACCUGCCCUACUGGAGACAGAAGGGCUCCACCAGGCCCAAACCAAAGAUCUUGCAGGCCCAGGCUGAAGGCUGCAGGUCUGGUGAUCCCCAAGGACUGUCCAGAGCGAGGAUCCCCCCAGUGCCUCAGCUGCCUGCAGACACUGUCCUGGUGGAACCUUCCAGGCCCAGCCGUUGCUCAUCACAGCAGGCCCCCUUGGGACCAAGCUGCCCUCCCAUGCCAACUGGACAUGCCCUCCUCGGACAUGCUGGGAGCCAGCAAAGCCUGCUGCCCCCUCUCGUGCCUGCCGCCUUACCCCCGCUGCGGGCCUCUCCCGCAGCCAGCACAGACCCAGAGCCAUUGGCUGCAGGAGGCAUCCAGGUCAGCAUCCUAGCCCGGCCCAAGGAGGCAAGGGGAGCCUUCCGGGAGGACCUCUGGGGUGGUGAGCACCGGGACCCAAGGUGGGGGGCCCGUUAACUGGACUCUAUCAGGUUGGCCUCGCUGAGUGUGCUGGACAGGUCCCCCUGCUCUGCCCCGCUGGCCCUUACCGCUGUUGAAGUUGGAACCCAGUGAUGUCUGCUCUAGAGGAUGCCACCGGGUGCAUUCUUCAGCCACACCUUGGAUUUUCUUGGCUCAGGUUCAAUCAGAUGUUAACUCCUUCCUCCUGUCCUCACCAGACUCAUCCGGGGCCACUGGUGGGUGGCAUGCGCACAGACAUGUGCGCACUACCCACACAUGGAGGCAGCUGCAGGGUGGGCACCAGGGCUGCGCCCCUGACUUCCUACCCCUCCUGAGAUCUGCACCACCUUCCUGGAGUGAGUGCCAGCCCCAAAUGAAUUUCAGGAGAACUCCGCCCGAGGUCAAGCUGGGUUUACUCAUGUGGAUUCUAAAAUUAAAGAUUUUAGAUGCUUAGGAAAGAUUUUGGCUCCUAUAGGAGAUUUGGUUUGUGAGGACUGCUUCAGAUGAAGUCGCAGUGCACUAAAGAAGGGGCAGGUCCCGCAUGGGUCCCUGGGAAAGGGCUGUACACCAGUGCCAUGGACUGAGCUGCUGAGACCAGAAGCCCAAAGUCAAAAUGCUGCCAGGGUUGGUUCUUCCACAGGCUGUGGGGGUGGCUGUCUGUCCCAGGCCUCGCCAUGCCUAUGGAUGGCUGUGUCCAUCUUCCCAUAGGUCUGUGCGUGUCUCCCGGGACACCCUUUGUACCAGAACACAGUUAUAUUAGGGAGCCACCUCAUUAGCUUGUUUAACUUGAUUACCUCUAACAAUCCUCUCUCCACAGAAUGUCACACUCUGAGGUUGAGGGGGGCACUCAUCUUGUAAUGCAUUAAGGGGCUGGGCCAGUCAUCCUGGGUCUGUCCAGAGGUGGCAGUGUGACCAGAUGUUUGAAAAUCACUUGUGCCUGUUGACUGGAAGGGACCUGUGUCACCCCAACAGCUGUUGCUUGGAGCUGGCUGCCUGUGUUGGCUCACCUCUCCUCCCCAGAGCCUGAGUGCAACCUGAAGUCCUUAUUUAAUCCAGGGCCCUGGAAACUGCCUGUACCAAUGGGAAGGCCUGGCUGCUGGAGGCUGCAUAGGAAGCUCUGCUGUCAGAGCCCUGGGGACUUGGGGUGAUGGUGCAGAAGCCCAGGCCUCUGCCCAUGGUGACCUGAUCACGAGCAGUUCCUCGUAGCUGCAUGUGCAUCUUUAAAAUCAGUGUCGCUAGAGACUCGGGCACCUGGAUGCCCCUCAUGAGGAAGGACAGCUGGCCCUGUCUAGGGCGUUGGGGGCAAAGCCCCUACUCCCGGCCGCCUGAUGGGUAACUGAGCAGCAGAGAGGGGUCACUGUCUCAGAGAGGCAUCUUCAGGGCUAGAGCGAAUCUGGAGACCACUUCCUGGAAAUUCGUGUUCAUAAGGUCACAUGAGCAGAAAGUUGGUAGAAAGAAGCAGCUGCUUCCCUCACAGCCUUGCAGACAGCAAACGGCACAGGCCAUGGCUCCCCACUCAUGAGGAGCUCAGAAACCACCUCUCCUUUUCCAGAUCAGCUGGGGGCAGCUUGUGCUGCAGGAAAGGGAGGGAGGAAGAGAGGUACCUGGGGAGGAGGAGGAGCGAAGGAGCACCUGAGGAAAAGAGUUCCGUCCCCAGCCUCCCUACCUCCCUCCUGUGCCCUCCCUGCUAGGAGGAGAAGGUGUGGGGCAGUGGGAAGGACCCCGCAUUACGUCUGUGUGGCAUGACCAGGUCACUUUGCUCUAUGGCCAGCACACAGCCGUUCAGCACACACGGGUAAGCAAGCAGACUAAGCGUCCUGGCUCUUAGCCGGCAGAGGUGAGAGCCAGCCUAACUCUGAGCUAGGCAUGGCUUCUCAUCCUCUGGCACAGCUACCUCGUCCUGAGCCUGCAUGUGACAGAGGAGAGUUGAGACUGAGCCCAGUCUAGGCAGUGCACAGCCAGGCGGGUCAUACACUGUUCAAGAAGUUCAAGAGUGGAAUGUGAAUAAAAUAUACAGCACAAA